UGUCAACUGUCAUAUACAAAGUACACAACUACACACAACACGCAGGCACCGUUUUAUUGAUGUUUUUACGUACGUAUAUAAUUAUUUUAGGUUGAAAUAAAAUUCAAGCAAAACAUUCGUAAAAAUUCACGAUUGGUAUAAAUCAAUAUGGAUAUAACCCCGCUAUUUAAAGCAUGUAUUAAGACCGUGAAGACGAGAAAUAAAGCGUUUGGAAUCCAAAGUCCUGUGAACGAAGAUAGACAGCGUCUGCUGCGAAGCAAACCGAAGAGCGCCUUUACUACCACCGCUAAAGAUAUUACGACGCAGAUAACAAGGUUACGCGACUUUCUACUACAACAUAGAGAGCGAUAUCUUAGUUUUUUCAAUAGUGUGACUGGAGAUGAAAUGUCAGAAGUUGAACGAGACCAGAUCGAUACAGGAGCGCAAAGGAUUAUAAAUACAUGCUCUCAUUUACUUAAAGAGUUUAGGAAUGACAAUCGCAAGUUGACUGUGUCUCAGCAGAUGCGUGACUACAUGGAUGCAGUGAUAGAUCUUGUAGAUAUGUACUUAAAGGCAGUGUGUAAAAUCCACAGUGAAUUAAAGGCACUAAGAGUAAAGCGCGCCUUGGAUAUUCGAAAGCUGUCCCGUCUGGAGCUUCCACAGACUAAAUCUAACAUUUCAAACUCAUUUGUUCAGGAGAAAAUUAUAGAGAAAGAUACUGAAGUUGUUGAAAAUGAAGAAACUGAUAGUAUUAAGAAAAAGAUGGAUCUGUCUGAGAAUGAUGUAGCAGUGAUGUCAGAUGAAGGCCCGUUGAGUGCUGAAGAACUGCAGAUGUUUGAAUCUGAAAAUAUCCAGUUACUGAAUGACCUGAAUAGCAUGACAGAAGAGGUCCGGCAGAUUGAAACCAAAGUACUCCACAUUGCUGAACUACAAGAGAUCUUUACUGAAAAGGUUCUACAACAGGAACAAGAUAUAGACCGCAUAGCAAAUACUGUGGUGGGAGCCACAGAAAAUGUAAAGGAUGCCAAUGAACAAAUAAAGCAGGCUAUUCAGAGGAAUGCUGGUCUUCGAGUCUACAUAUUGUUCUUUUUGCUAGUCAUGUCAUUCACUCUACUAUUUUUAGACUGGUACAAUGAAUAAUGAAUAAAUGUAUAGAAUUGUA